UCCCUCCCUUCCUCCCUUCCUCUCCCUCUCUCUGUCUCCUCUCCCUCUCCUUCCCUCCAGUAGUUCUCUCUCUAAAUAUUUUGGGAACCUUCUGUGUUGUUGGUCUGGCCCCAAAAGUGAACAAGCCAAAGGUACAAGGUGAUGAAGAACUGGGGAGUCCUCGGGGGUGUCGCUGCAGCCCUGGCCGCAGGCAUCUACGUGCUUUGGGGGCCCAUCACUGAGAGGAAGAAGCGCCGCAAAGGGCUCGUGCCUGGCCUUCUCAACUUGGGAAACACCUGCUUCAUGAACUCUCUGCUGCAAGGCCUCUCUGCCUGUCCUGCUUUCAUCAGGUGGCUCGAGGAAUUCACUGCCCAGUACCCUGCUGACCAGAAAGAGACCAGCAAGCCCCAGUACUUAUCCUUGACUCUGCUGCGGCUCCUGAAAGCCCUGUCUUGCCAAGACGUUGCUGGGGGCAGUGAGGACGAGGAGGAGGUCCUGGAUGCUGGCUGCCUGCUGGAAGUGCUUCGGAUGUAUAGGUGGCAGAUCUCCUCAUUCGAAGAACAGGACGCACACGAGCUGUUCCACGUCAUCACGUCGUCCCUGGAAGACGAGAGAGAUCGCCACCCUCGGGUUGCCCAUCUGUUCGACAUGCAUUCUCUGGAGCAACAGCCUGAAGUGACUCACCAGCAAAUAAGUUGCCGCAUUCGAGGGGCGCUGCACCCCAUGUCCAGCACCUGGAAGUCUCAGCACCCUUUCCACGGGAGACUGACUAGUAACAUGGUUUGCAAACACUGUGAACACCAGAGUCCUGUGAGAUACGAUACCUUUGACAGCCUUUCCUUAAGUAUCCCAGCUGCCACGUGGGGUCGUCCUUUGACUCUGGACCACUGCCUGCAUCAUUUCAUCUCAUCCGAAUCAGUUAGGGAUGUUGUGUGUGACAAUUGCACCAAGAUCGAGGCAGAAGGGACCCUGAAUGGGGAAGUGGUCGAGCACCAGAGAACCACGUUUGUCAAACAGCUGAAGCUCGGCAAGCUUCCUCAGUGUUUGUGUAUCCAUCUGCAAAGACUGAGCUGGUCCAACCAGGGCACGCCUCUGAAACGUCACGAACACGUCCAGUUUAAUGAAUUCCUGAUCAUGGACAUCUAUAAAUACCACCUCCCUGGCUGCAAGCCACGCCAGCACCAUCCCAGGCCGAAGGAGAGCGCCGGGCCUGCCCCAGAAGGGAAGGAUGGCGCGCCCGCCCCCGCACCAGCCUCAGUUCAGCCCGGCAGGACCAAAGCCCUUUUUGUCAAUGGGGCCUGCUCCUCCCCAGCGCUGCUGCCAAGCCCGGGGCCUUUCUCCCUCCCAGGUGUUCCUGACUAUAGCUCUUCUGUGUACCUCUUCCGGCUCAUGGCUGUUGUGGUCCAUCAUGGAGACAUGCAUUCUGGACACUUUGUGACUUACCGACGCUCCCCCCCUUCUGCCAAGAACCCUUUCUCUGCCAGCAGCCAGUGGCUGUGGAUCUCGGACGACACUGUGCGCAAGGCAAGCUUGCAGGAGGUUUUAUCUUCGAGCGCUUAUCUGCUCUUUUACGAGCGGGUGCUUUCGAAAGCUCAGCAACACCAAAGCCAGGAGUACAAAUCUGAGGAGUGAAACUACCCGAGAGCUGGGCCUAGGGGAGUACUCAGAACCGUGCAGAAAAAAAAAUGAAAAACCCUCCAUUUUUCUCUGUAUACCUUAUGAAAAUAGCCUGACUAGUCCCUCGACAUUCCGGCCUGGUGGUGGCGGCAAGCUCUCUCAGAAGGAGCCGUCGUCUCCGAUCCAUGCCCCAACCAAGCUACCAGAAGCAAGUCUGCCAUUGGUGUGCCCUGUGGAGUGCCAUUGGGUUAGAAAGCAUCCAUGAUGUCUACACAACCCUUUGCCCUGCUCUGACACGGGUGACUGCAGAGCUCCAGACGCCCGAGGCCACUUUUUCCUUCUUGGAUGUGUAAAGUGCAAGUUUUAAGGAGAUUCACUUGUUUUAUUCUUUAAAAAUUCCAGUCAGAUUUCUCUUUUUAAAAAAUCAGGCCUGUAGACGCUGUGAAGGAGAAUUACCCUAGUUAUUAAAGGCAGUGAUUUAAAAGAAGUGCCUUCCCCUUGUUUAAAUGAUCACAGUCCAGCCGACUGCUUCUGUAACGGGCCCGUCCAAAGAUGUGUAACUCAGUGGUGAAAGACCUUUGGGAACAGCCCACUCCUCCGAUUCUCAGUGGAGGGCCGACGCAGCCCCACUUUUGUAUGGCCUUUUCUAACGGGGCAGGUCUUUCUGUGUGGGGAGAGGACCUGGCCGAAGUUAAGCUGCCCUUUGGAACCAGAAGGCCUUUGUUUCCCUUCUUCCACCUGCCACGAGUGUACGUUGGGGGGUUUGGGGGUUCUAAGUGUGGUGAGCCCACUUGGCCGGGAGCCGGGGGCAGGCCUAGCAGGGACCUUAGAAGCUGGAUCACAAGGGGUUCAAGCAGUCUUGGCCUGCUACCAAGCAGAGCUUGUCUCUUUUUAACAGCAGCUCCAGCAGCCAUGUAGAUCAGCUGUCUUUAUCACCCAGGGCUCUCCCUCACCACCCCCAAGUCUAACUCUGGACCCUCCCACACCCCACAGGAUGAAAGAAAAUACCAAGUUGAAUCAUGUUCUCUUUGCCUCUUUUCAGAGUCGUAAGUCCAGGCACUCUAGGGUUGACAGACUUGUUAGUGCCUAGGGUUGGCCUGCGUGUUUUAGUUAAGGCUUAAAAAGAAUAAAAAGAUAAAGCAAGUAUUAAAUUUGUGCUAAAAUGACAAACUAGGGAGGAGAGUUGGGCCUGGAUCCCCAAAGCUGGUGGUUCUGUGGCUGGUCCUCAUCUGCCCAUGUGUCUGAGCAAGAAGGUGCAUUUGGGUAAGCAAUUCGGAGGAGGCCUUCUUCCCGGGAUGGGCCCAGCAGCGUGUGCCCUGGAGCUGCCCUGGGCCAGGAGGCCUGCUGGGAAGGGGCCUCAGCUCCCCAGCAGGCCCCCAUCAGGGCAUCGAGACAAAUGGAUCUGCUGUGGCCCAGGCCAGGGAAGCAGCCUGCAUUCUGGGGUGAGGACUUGCUGCAGAUCCCUCUGAGAGGGGAAUAAGGACGUUUGCACCACCACCAGCAUAUCUCUGCAGGUCAGAAGGGAGGCCGAGGAUCUGACGGAUGUCUGCGGGGAAAAACCGAUGAACCACGUGUGUGUGUGUGUCUUCUAAAGUUCUCAAUGAUUACCCCGAAGCCAGAUUGGUUCUGAGGUGGGAGAAGAACCUUUAGUUCCCUACAGCAGAACCCCAAGUUAAUAAAGGAGUAGCUCGGACCCAAACCACCGGGGCGCUGGGGCUACCAUCCCCCGUUUUUGUACCCGCUCUGUGGAUGAUGGCAAUAAAGAAUGAUGUUCUUAGAACAGCUCACGGUGGUGGUUUCAGCUUUACUGGUUCAUUUCAGAAACAAACACAGACAUGGGAGACGACAGUCCUUUAAUAAAUCAACACGUGCGGCUUCA